AUGAGCGAGAAAAUGGAAGCUUCAGCAGAAAUGAAAUGGGGAUUAAUUUGUUCAAUUGAUGACCAAGAAAAUGUGAAGGAAUACAUUGACUUUAGCAUUUGGAUGGUUAAUCAAUUGGAAAUUAGUGCCUCAAAAUUGCAACUUGGACACAGAUUUGAUGAGACUCCAACAUUUGUUUUGCAUGCAAUUCCUGGUUCAAUCGACCAAUCUCGUGAAUGUUACGAAACUAUAGCUAAACAGCAUCCACAAGUUAUUUAUGUUAUUCACAUUUUGCCUAGCAAGGAUUCUUUGGAAUAUCAAGUUUUGAAGGAGCACACUUUGGCUGGGGCGCUUGUUGGACAAGGCGUUCUUGCCGAAAAUGCUCUCGCUUACUUUAAAUGUUAUGAAUUGGUUGAAGUUAUGGCAAACAUGAAUCAAUGGAUUGGGAGACGUCUUGCACAAAUUACAGCACGGCGAACGUUAAAAAAUUUUCUUAUUAAAAAAUUAUUUUUUUAA